AUGGAUGCGUCAAUUGAGACGCUGGCGAGCAGCGCUAUCGCGGCUGGUUGUCUACAGGCAGUCAUGAAUAUGAUACAUCCCGAGCUUGCUAAGUUCGUGGCUUUUCAAAAGGAGCGCGUAGCCCAAAGCGAUGCGAGGCAAUCUUUUCAACGAGUGACUAACACUCCUGAUCUCACGAAUUUGAGUCCAGAACAACAGACUGACAUAUCGUUUCAGCUCAAGUAUCUUCGUCAGCAUUGGCACAGCCAUUUGAAGUUUUUUGGAAUCAACCCAGAGUUACCAGGCGUGGUACAGCGCGCACUCACGUACCGAAACAAAGUAUCCCACCAAAGUCAUAUGACUUUAGCUCAGUAUGAGGCUGCUAUUGCUACAUUUGAGAAACUUGCUGAUAUGAUCGAGUGCAACUCAAGCAUCCGCCAACAAAUUAACGAGCUCGUGAUGAAAUUGCUGCCAUCUUCACCUUUAAAGAAACAAGCGGCCGAGGCACAAAUUAAUACGAAAGCGGUCGAAAAUAUUGAGGCAAGACGUCAAGAUCUAACGCAAGAUUCAGUUGUGAUGCCUCCUACAGCGUCUUUGGAUCAGAUUUUACAGCAUAAUUAUCUUUAUGAUGAUAAAUAUGAUUCUUUGUGGAUGGACUUUAAGCUAAUUGGCAACGACUAUUUUAAUGAGGGAAAUUAUACAGAAGCCAUUGAAGCGUACUCUCAGGGCCUUCAAGUGGCUCCAAAUAAAGCAGUAUUGUAUGGUAAUCGAGCCACGUGUUUUUUGCGCCUGCAGAUGUUUCGACACGCGCGGGAAGACGCUGAGAAUGCUUUGGAUGCAGAUGAUUAUAAAAACGUCAAGUAUUAUCGAUUAUUAUCUGAAACAAUGCUGGCGAUGAAGGAAUAUGAGGAAGCAAAAGACAUUUGUGAUCGAGGAUUGGAGCUAGAGCCAAACGAUGCAAUUUUACGCAGUAGACGACGCACUCUUGAGACAAAAAUCAAUGAGGAAAAAGUGGCUUACGAGAAAGAAAAGAAAAAAAUGGAGCGGGAUGAAAGAGCCAAAGUGGAAGCAGCGAUUGCAGCAGCAAAAUGCGAUCGAGAAGAGGUAUCAAUCAAAGAUAAGGCGAGUAGGAAGAAGAAAGGUUAUGAAUCUCCAAAUGCUAAGAUUGAGUUAGUAGCAAUGAUCAAUUACCAGGCGGUGCCCGCAAAUUGGAUAGAGGUACAUACGCGUGGCACUCAAAAAUUUGACGUGUACAAGCAAGGCUUGACCAGUCUCGUUGUGGCAGCCGAUGCCCUUCUCCGGGUCACAGACAGUAUCGGAAUGUCUGGUCGAUCGAAUUUGCCGCUAAAUUUGUGGGUACAAGAAGGGAUUGUGAACCUUCGAAAAGCUGGAGAAGCCGGUGUUGCUGAGGCUUGGUAUCGUCUUGGUGUAUUGUACAGCAGCCGUGUACGAGAAGGUUUGCCCUUGACGCCCGAUCCUCACAAAAUGAUAGAGUGCUUUCAGCGAGCCGCAUCGCUGCGUCCAUUCAUCAAACCUCCAGGGCGUCGCGUGUUUCCGCAUCAAGGCGUUGCGGAAGCUGAGAAUGAACUUGGUGUUUGCCACCGUGACGGAAUUUCAGCUACAAACGUGAAAGCGAAUCUGGAAAAAGCUUUUGUAUUUUUUUUAAGGUCAGCAGAGCACGACUACCCUGUAGGUCAAUAUAAUGUUGCGAUUGCUUACUCCACUGGCAAAGGAAUACCUGUUGAUGCCUUUGCAGCACGCUUAUGGACGUCACGCGCAGCACAGCAUGGACUACCCGAAGCGCAGCAGCUACUCGCGCAACUUUUAAAACAGGGACACGGUGGAAAAGGCGAUGAGAGUCAAGUUCGCAAAUCUGCUCUUACAGCUGAUCAAAACCUUCUCGCAAAUUUGUUAAUGAGUCCUGACUUUGACAAGUUAGGCGCCACGGCGUUUGAGGAUGGAGUGAUAGCCGACAUGUCUGCAAGCAGUUUGACUACUUCGCAGCGUGGUAAGCACGUAUUUAAGGAAUUUUACGACGCGUAUUUGGAGGAUAAAAAUGAUGCAAAGACCGCUGUCGACGUCAGCGUUCAUACGGAUGACGAAAAGGCUCGUAUAAUGAUGAUGGAUUCGUACACCGCAAAUCCCGCGUCUUCUACGAAUCAUAACAUAUGCAGACCGCCGUCUACUGUCAUUGUAGCUGAGAUUCAAGCUCGUGCGAAAAAUGGAGGCAUCACAGCAUGUAACUAUGUCGUGUCAGAGAAACUUUUUCAUAACGCUGAAGUGCUGCUUGGAAAUGGAGAUGUCAAAGGCGCUUUACGUGAUCUAAAGAAGGCUGAUCUACUCUGGGAACGAUCGAAAAAUAUAGUGAUUACGACCCAGUUCCUGUCAAAACUAGUAAAGGAAGCCGCUGUGAGUUUUCGUAUUAAUCCAAGAGAUAUCGACGCAGCUUAUGCAAUUGGCCGUUGGGGAACGCUGAAUGAUCAAGACACAUUAUCACACUGGAAGCGAUGCGUGAAGUUACAUCCAAAUGAAGCUUCGUUUCACUUCUAUCUGGGUAUGGCUUAUCUGACGUUCCGACGCUUUGAAGAUGCUAUUGAUUCGAUGGAAGCAGCAUUGGCAAUAGACAAGAAACCAGAUUGGCUUUUCUGGUGUGCUUUCUCAAUGAUUGGUUGUGGAAUGCUAGAUCUUGCGCUGUCUGUGUACAAAGAGUACGUCAACACAAACGCUCCGGACGAGCGAUUUAUACCGGACGCGUACUAUUCGAUCGGCGCAUUAUACUUAAAUAAGUCCGACAAUGCUAUGGCAGUUGUUUAUCAUGAAUUAGGAAAAAUAGCAGAGUCGGUAACUAUACGCUUUCCUGCUUUCUAUCCUCGAGUGUUGAUCGAAACUCCUAAAGACACACUGCGAUUCGGCAUGAAGAAGAGCGGUUACAUGGAGUCUUCCGUGAUUGCAAGUGUCAUGGCGCAGAAUAUGCUCGAGUGCGGGUUUUGCAAGACCUCGAUUAAGCCGACGCAAUUGCUUGGCCACAAAUUAGCCAAGUGUCCGCGGCGGAUCGUUUCAUGUCGAGACUGCGAUGAACACCUUGUCUUUGAUUUGCUGCAAGCGCAUCGACAACCACGACAUAGUGGCGUUAGCGACGGCAAGAAAAAGAAUAAAAGCAAGAAUUGUAUUCAGGCGGAUACUGCAUCUCAAGUCGACACAGCGAUGUGUGCUGAAUGCAGCCAAAGCAAUGACCUGCAACAGCUUACAGUGUCAAAAUUUCACCUUUUGGCCAGCAUCCUUAAAAUAACAGAAGGAAAGAAAAACAGCACGGUAUUUUCACUGAGAGCAAUUAUAGGUCAUAAGUGGACUUUGCGCAUGAGUCACUGUUCACCCAAAUCGAGCGCUUGUUGUCACGUCAUAAAAGCCAUUGAAGGAGCCGAGGUGGACGAUUCGUUGAUUGUGUUUUGGUGUCGUCCACCAUCACUGGAGUCAAUUGAUCGACGGACGCUCGCUAUACCGAUGAAGGGAGAAGUCUAUGGACAAGAUGUAGUUGUGUACGUCCUCAAGUGCUCUACUCAGGCUUUAAACUUUGAGAUGUCUCAUUUGCGUUACAUGAAGGAUAAAACACUUUGCGCUGGCUGUGGCAAUCCGCCGUAUUUCAAUAAAAGGCUUUUGGCUUGUAGUGCGUGCAAAAUGGUUGAAUAUUGCUCGCGUGAUUGUCAGAGAGCUCACUGGAAGCGUAUUCACCGUCAUAUGUGUAAACACACUUCGUUGUUUCGUUUGGCUUCUGUUUUUUGUGCAUGA